AUGGAGGAGGGCCAAAUCAACUUCAAAGCUCUGAGGGCCAAGUUUCAGGAAGAGGCCCUCCUGGCUCAAUCCAAAACCAGUCGACCAGCUGUUGCAGACAAACCCAAACACCUUCCUCCUCCUGGAGGUCACUGCAGUUCCGUGGUUAGCAGUAUUAAUAUUGCUGUAGAAAACAAGACACCAGUGGUUCCCCGGGUCAUCUUCAGAGAUGGGCUGCGGUCAUCUGGAGGCAAGCGGCCAAUUUCCUUUCCACCACAGCCUCGGCAGACCUCCCCCUCGUCGCAGCUGGCUAAUGGAGAGGGCGCAACAAGGCAGUCCCUCAAAGACCGACACAUGCCGCUGGUGCUUCCUGCCCUGCCUGUAAAAGAGCAAAAGACAGAUCUGCCAGCCAAAAAGGAGCACAAAGAGCCAGGGAAGGAAGUCCUGCCACAAGCUAAAAUCAAGAAGAAAGGUUUGCUGCUUCCUUUCAAAUCAGCCAAAGCAUCAAAAAUCAGUUCAGAAAAUGGAGAGGAGCCUACGUAUGCUGAUUUGACCACCAGACCCUCCAGUGCUCCUGGCGAGUUGCCCUCUGUUGAAAAACAAGUCAAAGAAGAUGGAGUUUCUCUCCAAAGUGAUCAAUCAGCCACUGAGCUCCCCCCCUCCAGCCCAGAUAUCCCAGUCACCCCUCCUUCCUCAGAGACAAGUGUUGACUCUGAGAAUAAGAUUAUUAGCACCUUGGAGAGGGCCAAGAAGAAGUUUUCACGCACGCAGAUGUUGAUCUCUCCCAAAUCGAAGAGCUUGCGGUCCCCUGACUACGUAUCAAGAGAUAAAGCAUUCCUUUUGCUGCAAAAAAGCAGUGAAAGUGUUGAACCUGAGCUACCCAUACCCCCACCAGUGUGUCUUCCCCACCUGGCUUGUAUUUCAGCCCGGCCUUUCUUCAGAGCCAACACCUCUGCACACAAGCCUGCGUUGGAUAAGCAGUUUGGCAGGAAUAAAGCUGAACUACCCUCUGUCAGGACUGGUGAACCUCAUCCACCCUCUGCUCCUCCAAAGAAGCCUCUACCUGACUUGAGGUCACUUGGGCCGUUGCCACCAAAGCCUCCCAGACCUCCAUCAGUAGAUCUCAGCUGGUACCACCUACCCACAGUUAACGAGGUGUCACCAGGUCUUAGCCAAGCUCCAAGUGAGGAGCCAGAGCCUGAGCACCCAUCAUCUGUACUCGACGUCCCAGAGUUUCCAGACUUUGAGAACUCAGAGAUGGAAACAGCAGAGGGUGAAGCUGUUGACAUUGGUGCACUAGAUCUGGAGGCCUUAGACUUAGUCAGCACUGACCUUCCUAUACCGGGAGAUUGUGAGAUCAUCGACUUUGUGGAUCCGCCACCUGACUUGUCAGUGUGUGAUCCUGUAGAGCCCCUUAUGAGUGCGGGAGUCCAAGAUCUGAACCUUGGCAGUCAAAGCAUAAUACCCCUGGAUCCAGCGAGCUUCCCUGAACCAAUAAACCUUUCAGAGUUCCCAGAGUCUGCUGUGCCAGAGCAGUGGUCUCAGAGUGAGGAGGUGAGCAUAGAUCCUCUGUCUAACUCUCAAGUUGAAGAGACUGAUCUGGGAGCUGCUGAGUCUCACUCUGCUGCACAGGAAACACACAAUGGUAACCACGCAGCAUUCGAAGAUGGGAUUCAACCACUUCCAAGUGCCUGUCAACAGGACAGUUACUAUGAGGCGUGCGAUAAUGUGUAUGAGGAUGUCGAGAACAUUAACAAAUUCAUCUUGGGUCAGAACUCACGGAAGCGAAAAGGUGGCCUGAAGAAUCCAUAUGCUGACAACCACCCUAUGAGGGAGGAGGCGUGUCUUAACACAUGGCCACGGAAUCCAUGGGGCAGUGUAUCAGGAGAGCAUGUUCAUUCAGCCCAUAAUCAUGUUUUCAGUAAAGAACGCCAAAGCCCCAACACUGCAGACCAUAAAGAACAGAAGAAGAGGGAGAAGCAACGACUGGAGAAGGAGAAAAAGGAGCAAAAAGAAAGGGAGAAGAAGGAGAAUGAAAUGAAAAAGAAGUUCAAAGUGACCGGUGAAGAGGAGCCCAUGUACCAUGCCAGGGUGAUGGUGGCUAGCAAGGUUCGCAAGAAUGACCUUCCGGUGAAGAGCGGGGACACAGUCAGCAUCAUUCGCACCACCAGCUGCCCCAAAGGCAAAUGGCUGGCCCGAGACGCCAACCACAAGUACGGUUACAUUUCAGUCAUGAAUGUGGAGCUAAAUAUCAAGGAGAUGCUGGAACUUGGCAAGAAGGCUCAAGCAGCUGGACGCGGAGGCAACGUGGAGGGAGAUACCAUCAGCAUUGGGAGCAGAUCCUCUAGCCACCUUGUGUUAACAAGCAGCUUCACAGAUGACAGUGAGGAGUGGGCCUGUGAAGAUGAGACCCUCUCGCCCUCCAGUGAAAACCACUUCCCCCAGCAGACUGCCGCAGUGCCCGAGAUGUCAUGUGGAUAUGUCAGCGCCCAUCACAGUCUGAGCGAUGCCAACCUGGAGGACCUACACACACAAACCAGACAUGAGGCCCUGCAGAAACUUGCCAUCUUCUUCCAACAUGGCAAAGGUGAAUUUGGUGACAUCCCCGAUAGUGGAGGAGCAACCCCUACAAAUGAUGAGCCACCAAACUUCUUGUGUGCUGUUGAGGAGCCUCCAUACCCUGAACAGGAGGUUGACUUCACAGAGCUGGAGCUCCUUCCUCCACCACCACUAUAUGCUGACACCUUCUAA